AAAAAACAAGUUAUAACUUUACCUAUACAUUUACCAUCAUUAUCACCAGAAGUUUUAUCAAAUUAUAAACAAAUUUUUAUUGUCGACCUUCAAAGUUUUUCAAAUAAACAAUGUAAUAGAUUAUUAAAUCAAACAUUAUUUGGUAAAUUAAAGAAUGAGGAUGCUAUAAUUUUAGUAAUUAUCAAAAGUAAAUUUAGUCCAAAGUGUAGAGAGUGUGGAAUUGGUGAUAAAAACUCAAAAUUGUUUUUAAAAGAUAGAUUCGUAAAGAGUGGUGAUGGCAGAGUGUUAUUUGAAUUGGAUAGCACCAUUAGCAGUCUUGCUUAUAGAAAAGAGCUCUGCAAAUAUGUUUAUAACCAUAAUAAAAACAUUGUAUUAUUAACUGAAGAUAAAGUUGUUGGCUAUGAUAUUGUUGGUUCCUCAGUUCCAAAAGAAGAUACCGAAAAGUACAACUGUUAUUUUCAAAUUUUUGGUGAGGAUGAUGAUGGCUCAAAUAAAACCAAAGAAGAACAAGUUUCAGAAUUACAAAAUAAAGCCACUUUAAAAGUUGAAAAAUGGAUUAAAGAAAGAAUUGAAAGAGGUGACGAAAUCAAUUUACCAAAGAAUAUCGAAAGUUUAGAAAAAUCAAUUUCACCAUUUUGUAAAGCAGUCCAUAGUUUUUCAAACAAUGCUCACAUUAUAAACAAGUUAAGAGAAUGUGGUGAUAUCAAAAUUUGUGAUACCUGCGAAAGCUGUGUACCAACUAGUACCAAUCUUGAGAAUCAAUUUUAUUUCAGUUACCUCAGCUUAAGUGAUGAAGAGCAUAAACAAUUCGAUUGGCUUUUAAAAUCAAUUAUCUCGGAAUAUAUGAAAACCCCAAACAAUUUAGUACCAAUUCCACUCGAAAAAGUUAAUAAAUUUUCCUUAAGCGAAGUAGUGAAUAUCCCAACAUCAAUAGUUGUAAAAAGUUUAAUCGAAAAUAAAGUAAUAGAGCUUAAAGGAUCAGCUCAACCAAAACAUCAAAAUAAUUUAGAUCUUGAAAAUGAUAACAGUUCAUUUAUAAACGAUUUUGAUAAUAUUUCAAUAUCAUCAUUUAGAACCACAACUAGUUAUUCAUCAACAUUAUCUCCAUUUAAAAAACAACAAUCAACAUCACCUUUCGCUUCAACAGCCAAAAAAUUAUAUAGCAGCCCAAUAAAGAAAACAAGUAGCAGUAGUUUAUCUCCAUUAAAAAAACAAGGUCCCAAAUAUUCAUAUUCGGGUAGAAACAGUAAUAGUUUAAGUAGUAUUAUGAAUACCUAUAGCAAUAGUGAAGAGUUCAAUAAGAAGGCAAAAAUCAAAUAUAAU